ACGAACGCCGCUUGGAAUCAACCGCCACCAUCUAUCUCUCUCUUUUCUCCGUUUGUCGUCGUUGUGUCCAGAACCAUCAUCAGUUUGUUUGCGGAGUUCAGUUCUUGGCUGUCGUCGUUGGUUGAAGUUCGUUUCGUGGGUCUUGACCAUCACCAAGACGGAGCAACAAGCCUUCACAGCAUACCAUCAUCAAGGUCAUCCGAUACUGCAACCAGCGCAAAGAGCACCGAAGCAGCCACCAUGAGCAGCCCGCCGUCGAGCGUCACGUCGGGCAGCAUGAUGGCCCUCAGCCCACCGUACACUCCCCCCAGCAAGCUACUCUCCCUCCCCAACAGCAACGGCGUCAUCAGCCCCCCACGCAAGAACGGCUUCAGCCCGCCCCGCAACCGCAGCUUCAGCCCUCCCUUUACCUCGCCGCUCAUGGGCCCCAUCAGCCCGCCCCGCGGCGGUAGCGACAUCUUCAGCCCCUCGCGCAGUAGCGAUAUCUUCAGUGCGCCGAGGAAUGCGAACAUCAUCAGCCCCCCGCGCGCGAGUAUGGGCACGGCGCUGCAUCACCAUGAGAAGCGGCACGACGACCUGUGGCGGGCGGAUGGCAACCUGGUGCUCAAGGCGGGCGGGACCGUGUACCGCCUGCAUGCGUCCUUCCUGGAGAAGUACUCGCCCGUGUUUGCGAGGAUCCUGUCGCUGCCGCCGCUGGAGCUCUUCGAUGACUGGCCGGUGGUGCGGCUGGAUGAUGACGAGCUCUCGUUUACGGUCUUCCUCCGUGCGCUGAUGCAUCCCGAGACCUACCCGCCGCCACCCGCGGCCCCCUCCCGGGCGACCUCGAUGGCGAUCCUCCGCCUCGCCACCAAGUACGAGAUCCGCCACCUCCGCACGCGCGCCCUCCACCACCUCAACGUGCUCUUCCCGACCACGCCCCUCUUCAAGGGCUGGCGCGACCUCGGCAACCGCGCAGCGACCUUCCCCGACAUCCUCGCCUACGCUCGCGAGUGCAACGCGCCCUUCCUCGCGCCCGCCUGCGCGUACAACCUCGUCUGCGCGAUGCGCGACGCCGGCGAGCUCGCGGCCGCGACCGCCGCGCUCCCCGCCGCGGACCGCGCGCGCUACCUGCGCCUCUGGGCGGAGCUCGCCGCCGCGCACCAGCGGCUCACCGCGUGCGUGUUCGACCUGCCGAGCGAGGCGCCGGGCGCGCGGCGCGCGCGGUGCGUGGGCGGCGCGGCGUGCGUGGCGUGGCGCGCGCAGUACGUGGGCGUGAUGGCGCUGGUGCCGCCCGCGCGGCUGCUGGUGCCGGGGUUCUGGGACAUGCUGGGGCAGGUCGCGCCGAUCGUGGCGCCGGGCGCGGCGCAGGGGGGCGCGGCGCAGGGGGGCGCGGCGCAGCAGCCGUGCCAGCCGUGCGUGAAGUACGUGCACGAGACGCAUGAGGAUGCGCGGAAGCGGUUUUGGGAGGAGCUGCCGGUGCUGCUCGACCUGGGGCCGUGGACGAAGCUGGUGAUGAUGCGGCUGGAGGCGAUCGCGCCGCCGGCGAAGGAGAUUCCGUUCGAGUAUCCUUGAUCUCCUCCUCACAUUCUCUUGCUUUGUUUGUGGUCUGACCGCCUCGCUUUUUGGAUAUCGUCUCGUCUCAAGGAGCGCUUCUCGACUGGAUUCGACCUCGCCCGCAACGAACCCAUUUCUCGUCUUCGACAAAUAAUCAGA